CCUUUCCACUGUCGUAGAGCUCAUGGAGUUAGGGCUCACAAAGUCACAAUAUCUUUACGGUGCCAUUUCUUAAACCUUGCCUAGGUAGUGCGACCUCAAGAACACUUAUUACAUGCCGCAAAUUUUCAUCUAAAUUGCUCCAUUUUCCGAUCAUUAAACCCAAAAUAUCGAAAAUGACGGCAAUUUUCUGUAGAAUCAAAGAGGUAAAACCGAACAAUUUCAUCCACCAUUUCAAAAGAUAUUACUUCCAGAUUCCCGCACCUCGGCUUGCCAAUCAAACAGCAGCAUCGCAAAGAGUAUCAGAUUAUUUUUUCCUCACAAAUUCUUCGAGAAUCCGCUCUGUUUCUCAACGUCGGGAUGAAUUAUUCAAUUCUAGGGUUCGAUUCUUUGCGGCUCCAGUUCAGAUUAAGAAGAAGGAGGAAAUAGUUAAUCCCAGCCGACCGCGGAUUAACGAAGAGAUUAAAACGGAUAUUUUAAGGGUUGUAACUGAUGAAGGACAUACUAUUAUGUCAAGACAUGAUGCUCUGACACGUGCAAAGAAUCUCGAUCUUGAUUUAGUUGAGGUUGACCGUCUUGCGAAGCCUCCUGUUUGCAAAAUCGUGGACUAUCAACGAGAGCGGUACAAGAAACAAGUUAGAGAAAAAGAGCGUGCUAAGAUAAAGUCUGCUGGGAGUUUAAAGAGAGGAGGUUGCAAAGAAAUCCGUGUUUCUGCAAAGAGCGAAUCGAAGGAUGUUAAGAUCAAAGCAGACACAAUUAAGAGACUGAUGGAACGUGGAUACCGAGUAAAGUGUAUGGUUACCGGUACCGAAGACCAAGAUUUAACUGGAACUCUUUCUCAAAUUUCUGCUCUGAUUGAAGAUGAAGCAUUUGUCGAAGAAGAAAGACCGACGUUUCUAAUUGUCAGGCAUGUGAAAUUUGGAAUGUCGAAGAAAGGAGGCAAGACUUCCAAGGAUAAAACUGCUGCCAGCCCUAAGAUCCAUAAUACUGCCACCGCUGCAGAUUUGGGGAAAGAAGCAUACAGUGAAGAAUUUGACAUGGAUAACGAUGAAGAAGUAGAAGCAUCCUUGCAAUGUGAAGAAGAAUCUGCAUGGUCAGAUACUUCAGUUUCUAGUGCAGUAGACCAGAACUUUGCUGAAGUGUUUGAUCUUAGCCAUGAUGUGAAGGGGAGCGCCAGCUCUCAGGAGAAGCAAAUGCCGUUUGACAGCAAAGGAACCUCUUCUACCUUCGCUAAUAGUGCGUCAAGAUCCACUCCUCCUGUAGUGCCCAGCUUUGGUGGUCCAAAUGUGGCACAGGAAACUGGAAAUAGGUAUGCCAAAAGUGCAGCAAAUAAUGCUUCAGCUGUGAAGAUUCCUAUGAGAUUCCCUAACAGUGAAACCCAGCCCCAAUCUCACCUUCACCCCAAAGUUCAUCCACCCACUAAUUUCCGCGGUCCUCCAGAUGAGAUUCCUCCACGUAAGGGCGAGAUUGGAUCAGGUCAACCUAACAGUAACUCGUUGAGCUCCACUGUACACCACCAGCCGCCUAGUAAUAUCGGUAGUCCUGGAUCCCAAGCAACAGGUUUUGGUACAUUUAGCAGUACAACGGUAGAUCUACCCAAAGCCCCCAGACUAGGUGGGUUAGAAGGAUCCCCACCUAUGAAUUCCAGGCUUCCUCCACGCCAGAGUCAAAUUCAAAAUCAAUCAAGUCAUCCUAAUAGUAACUUAUCGGGCUCCAUUAGACACCAACAGGCGCCUAGUAAUACUGGUUUUGGUACAUUUAGCAGUGCAACAGUAGAUCUACCUAAACCCUCGAGGAUAGGUGGACUGGAAGGAUCCCCACCUAUUAAGUCCCGUCUUCCUCCAAAUGAGAUUCCUCAGCCUAGGGAUGAGAUUCAAAAUCGACCGAGUCAUCCUAAUAGUAACUUAUCAGGAUCUAUUGGACACCGGCAGCCGCCUAGUAAUACUGGUAGUCCUAGAUCCCAGGCAACAGGUUUUGGUACAUUUAGCAGUACCAAAGUAGAUGCUGACAUUCCCAAUAGUGUCAGCCCUUCAGAUGUUACAAGAAACUCUGGCCCAGGUAAAGCUCCAGGUACUUUGAACCCGCCUAUAUCGAGACCUGAUGGCCCCCAAAAAUCAGUGUCCCCUGAUAAGAAAUGGGGUAUAUUUAGUAAAUAGAGCUCAAAUUUUGUACCAGAGAAGAACACACCUGGUGAAAGAACGAUUCAAUGAUAAUUAUUCAUUCUACUUACUGGUUCAAAUCAUGGGGAUUAUUAUUUAUUUUUUGUUUCAAAUUUUCCUGUGCCCUUGUUGAGAGGGGGUAAGAAAGUUGUUCUCCAGGGUUUGUACUAAUACUUGUAUUGUAUAAGCACAAUAUUACCGCAGUUUUUUUUUUUUUAAUUUUGGGUUCUUUCUGCA